ACACAGCAUUCUGAACUUCUAGAUCUACCAUCUCCUGUUUCCCAAGCACCAUGAAACUCCUGCUGUUGGCUCUUCCUAUCCUUGUGCUCCUACCCCAAGUGAUCCCAGCCUAUGGUGGUGAAAAAAAAUGCUGGAACAGAUCAGGGCACUGCAGGAAACAAUGCAAAGAUGGAGAAGCAGUGAAAGAAACAUGCAAAAAUCUUCGAGCCUGCUGCGUUCCAUCUAAUGAAGACCACAGGCGACUUCCUACGACAUCUCCCACACCCUUGAGUGACUCAACACCCGGAAUUAUUGAUAAUAUUUUAACAAUAAGGUUCACUACAGACUACUUUGAAGUAAGCAGCAAGAAAGACAUGGUUGAAGAGUCUGAGGCGGGACAGGGAACUCAGACCUCUCCCCCAAAUGUUCACCAUACCUCAUGACUUCUUCUCGGAUGUCACUCACCCCUGUCCUCAGAGUGAUAAACUAAGUCACAUAUAGAUAAAACACCACAGUGACCUCCCACUCCCCACCAAUAUGUUAUUCUAUUAAUAGAAACAUCUGUGUAAAGAAGUCUAAAAUUUUCACUAUUUCCAAUGAUAAACUCUUCAGUGCUCUUCUUGAAAUGUCAAAUUAUUUCCACAAGUUUUAACCUAUUUUUAGUAUUUCUUGUUUGCUGGUGACCUAUGCACAACCUCAAUAGCUUAGUUAGCUAUUCCAACAACAAUUUUUUCAUGUGUCUUUCUGUCUUCUCAACAGGUGUCUUAAUGGCAGCAUAAGUGGUCAUGAUCAAAAUUCUAAAUCUUUGCAUCUGUGAGAGUAGCUACUAGGACACUAAAAGCUUUUUUUCUAGAACAGGAGACACUUCAGGUGAAAGCAUUCAUUUUCCUACUAACCAUGGCCUUAGAGGAAGGUUUUGUCUGUCACCAUAUCACUGUAGGAAAUUGACUGUCCCAAGUGUGAGCUAUGAAGACUCCUUUUUGCCCCAGUGUCUUUCGGGUUGAAAUAGAAGCUGUCGAAAAGCUUCUAUGGCUCUGUAGACCCAUCUCUUUGACCAAGCCUUGAUCACACAUGGACAUCCAAGGGUAAGGAUGGCCCCUCAAUUGUGGGUGAAAGGAUGGGUCAUUUGUCCACCUGAUUACUGAGACUGAGAGUUUUACUUGUCUCCCUGUGACAGCAAAAAAAAAAAAAAAAA